AUGCAAAAGCCGAUAAUAGCUUUCACUCUGAUUUUGUCAUGUUUGUCUUCACAGCUUCCUGUUAUGGGAGGAGCCUUUAUGGACUCACCCAACGAGGACUUUAGUACAGAAUACUCCCUGUUUAACUCAUCAGCCAAUGUCCAUGCAGCUUCUUCCAUGCAGAAUCCACCAGAAGAGACAUCCCGUUCUUCAAAUGAUGCCAUAUUAUUAUGGAUUGCAAUCAUAGCAACAAUUGGAAAUAUUGUGGUUGUGGGAGUGGUGUAUGCCUUCACCUUCUAGGAUGACUGUCACUACAAACACUGGAAGAAAAGAAAACUUCAACAGUACUUGUCAUGUGUAUGUAUGUAUGUGUGUAUAUAUACAUGUAUAUCUAUAUAAAUACUUAUAGGUACAGACUUCAUUGAUUAAGUGCUGCCACCGUUGUGGAAGUGAAAUGCAAGUUAAUCAUCUUGAGUCUUGAUGGCAGAAAGUUUGGAUGCAAAUUGUGUGGAAGUGAGAGCUGUAUUUGAGAACAGAGCCAAUACCAGUUUUGUAUAGAAAUGUAAUAAAAGAGCGAUCAACUUGGGCAUAGUAAAUACAGAGAGAUAUUUAUAUAGAAAGUGCUUAUUUUCUACUGUGGAUUUUUCUAGCAGCUCUUCUGCAGUUUGUCAGCUUUUUUUUUUUUUCUUUUUGGUGCAUUUUUUACUGUUGUAUAAUGUUGUAUGGAAUUGUUGCAGGUUGUGUUUUCUGGACAUCUGAGUUUCCUAGAUGGACCAAGUGGUUGGCAUUGGCUCAGUUCUGAGGAAGUCCGGGUUCAUCGUGUGUGAGUCUUGAGCAUGGCCGUAGACUCCUGGGCUGUGUUCAAAAUCCUGGCUCUCAGAGCCAUGGCAGGCAGGUGCAGGCUGUCUGUUACUGUCUGUUGCUUUCCAGUAUCAGUUACUGGAGCUGAUGAUCAAUAAAGGGAUGCUGAACCUGUCUGCAGUCUGCUGCUCUGCAGACCCUCUGCAUUUCAGAGGAGGAAAUGAUAAACAGAGCAGCAGCACAAGUUCCCRUUUCUGUCUGGAGGUGUUUUGUAUAUGCAUCCUUUCCAGGAAACAAAGCCUAAUACCAUGCUUUUCAUCUCAUUUGACUGUAAUCCAGAUUUCUUWCAGCAGCUGUAAUGAUAAUAAUUUCUUACAGCAUGAACUUCCAUGAGGUUAUCGGUGUACUGAAAGAAUGAUGGGAAAAUUGUCAAGCCUAAUUAAUAAUGAAUUAUUAUAUUCACAAUUAAUAGUGAAUUAUGUCUAUGAGAAAAACAAAAUUGAAAGAAAAGUUGGGCAUUUCUGUGCUCAUGAGGGGGUGAAUUAAAGAGUCAGGUAUGUCCUGGGGUAGAAACACCACAAGACAAGUAMUAAGUGGCAGAUAUGCAAGUGCUUAUAUUUCAGUAUUAAUAUAUCUCUGGGUUCUGGUAAGGGUCCUGCAAGAGAUUUUUAUGUAGCUGGCUUUAGGUAACAGCUCUGAUUAUCUUCUGGAUUUGUUCCAUUGAGAGGCAACAUUUUUCCUGCAUUCCAUGGGCAGUUCAUUUUCAAAAGCUGUAUCUUUCCAACACAAGCUGUAGCCUUCCUUGCUUGAGAGAUUAUAAAAUCUUGAGAAAAGAAAAAAAACCGCUGCUAUUGGAAAUCUCCCUCUUCCCCCUUAAAUAUUAAACAUAAAUAUAUAAAAUGUCUGCACUUUGAGAGUAGCAGACAAAUUCUUCUUUGUGUCUGCAUAUACUGUCUAGGCUUUCUGUCUGAUAUAACUACUACCCUAAUUCCAGAGAGCCUUGUCUGCAGGCACAGAGACUAUUUUUGACACUUGCCUGCCACUGAGCUUGAGGCUGGGCUAAGAGCUGCUGAGUGUGUAGAGAGGUUUGGAUUUUCCUCUUUUCUCUUUAAACCCAUUUUCCUGCAGGGCUGGUGGAYGGUUACUUGAAUCAAAGCAGCAUGCCCCAAAUCAGUAUUUAUAACCACUCAGUAGUCACUGUGUAUAUUUUUUCCCUCUCUAUGAACUGUCCUUUAAAGCUAGGAAAGAUGCAAACAGAUCUAGCAGUGGGGAGAGAAGAAAUUAGAUUAUUUUGAUGCUGAGAAAAACAAUGAUGAGCUUCUCUGUGUGUUGUUAUUUCCCUGAUUGGAGGCAGGAUUUUGUAAAGAUGGUUGAAGACAGACRAGACAUAUACUGGGGAAAAGUUUGAGAAGUMCAGCUCUUGGAGGUCAGAGGGAAAKAAAGCAAAUUCUGUCGAAUGAAAUAUCUGUAGUCUUAAGAAUGAUAGAAAAAUUAUGAUUUUAAUUUCCUAAAAUAGCUAUUAAUUUCUUCAUAGCCAGAAGACAAUGAAAAGCAGGGGAACUGCAUAAAUGGUGUACCUUGUCUGUUUUCACACCCCUCCUUAUUCUUGCCAAGCAGARAGCAAGCUGUUGGGAAGCUGCACAGAAGUUUCCAAAGCAGAAUUGAGUAGUUUCCACACCAGAACUGGAGGCUCUGGUGUGUAAAUAUGUAGGACCCAUUAAAAUWUUGCUCAGUGUAAUGUGCUGUCCCCAGCCAUUUUCUGAUAUUCUGUUGCCUUUGUAAUUGUAUCAGUUACUCAUGGACUUUUCUUCAUUUUUCCUCUAGGCUCUCUAGUUAGGCCAGUUCCUGCAGGCAUUUUUGCAUAAAGAGCAAAACAUUUCCACCAUGACUAAAACCAGUUUGACACGAUGGUACUUGCCCAAUGGGAUUUUUCUGCUGCCUAGUGAAUUUGCCAGUGGACUGCUUURUUUAAAUUUCCUAGAAUAUUAAUCUUAGUGCAAUUAGCAAUGUUUGCAUCUCUCCCAGAGCACUGGACUAAACUCUUCAACCAUGAAGAAAAGCAUCAGAGUGCGAACAGCGAAGAACCACUAUUCUGCUAAUGAAACCGAGUGCCACUUUYGUGUUGCUUUUCCCAAAGAAAAUGCCCUACCUUCAUGUGAAAUUGAUAGUAAUAGCAGGAGUGUUGGAAAACAAUGAGUUCCACCUCCUGCAUCCAGAUCAUCAUCAUGCAUAGUUUCAUCGUUAGAGGCUGAGUUGUCAGGAAGGGCCAGACAAAACUUUAAUUUAAGUAAUUGGCUUGACAGGGUGACACGGCAAGCAGCAAGUGCAGGCAUUUCCUGCUCACAGUUAAACUGCACACUAACAGUACAGCUUCUCUGUCAGGGGAAAAAGUUAGUUUUAGGAUGCAGGUACAAGGAUACUGCGUGUGAGGGUCUGUGGGGAGUGUUGUCAGGUAUACUGAAGAUCCCUAAAUCGCAGUGGCCAGAACUGGGUUGAGCUCUUAUCUGCUUUGACAGUGACAAUAUUCACACUGUGCUUCUGGAUGUUGUGUAAUGGCUUUAUCCACUACAACCACUUCUCUCUUCUGGGAGGUUAGGGAAGGUUUAAAUUGAACCAUUGCAAAAGUGGACUCACCAAUCAUUCAAUUCAGAGAAGCCACAGAGGGGAAUGGAGAARUGGCUGAAUGGUGGAUGUUUCACAGGUAUGGUCCUGUGAAAUGUUAGCUCUUUGUUGUGUAGGUUUGUGUUACACCCUGAGCUGUCAACACAGCUCAACUUGGAGCACUGUAGCUUCUCCUUUCCUUGGAGUCAGGCAGCUGGAUAAUUGCUGUCACUCACUGAGGAGUGAUGAGGAACUCCAAACACUUUCCCCAGAGCUGCUUUCUGUUUACUGUUAAAGAGAAGGGCUCUGUGCUUUGCUGAGCACUUUGAGUAUCAGCCUGAGAGAAGGAUUCCACUUGUAGAAGAUCUGUGUUUCAAUUAAAAAUGUCUAGCACAGAUAACAGAAAAUCCUGAUUGGAGUUUGUUCUGUGGUAGACAAAGCAAGCCACUUUCUAAAUGCUGUGUUUUACCUCUGGCUCUCCAUUGUACAAACUCAAGAAGCAACUUGGUCCUGCAAAGUUAUUGAGCCAUGGGAAGCAGGAAGACAAGCUGGGGUGCCCAAUGRUUCUCUUUCAGCUAUGGCCUCCAGGGAUCUACCAAAUUCAAACUCCCUCUAAAGAAUGUUUUUUCUUAAUGCAGACAGCAGCUCGAUACAGCAGCUGUGCAGCCACCACAGCUGAGAGACUAAAGGCUGAACAAUUAUUCAGGUGGGUGCAAUGGCACAUUAGAAAGGAGAACUGAAUGGGCAAUCCCACCCAACUAUUCCUGUUGUAUUUUUAUCUGCUGGUAGGAGUCUGUGCUUUCCCACAGCGUUAACACCCUGAAUUUCUGUGUCCUGACACUUGCAAAACUGAAAAGCUGACUGAUGCAACAGUAGCAGAGACUUUGUCUGUUGUAAAUAAUGUUAUUUAUCCUUUUAGUGGGCGGAGGAGAUUAUAGGUAUCUCAGAAGUAAUGAGAUCCCUGCUCCAAAAUCUUCACUUGCAAUGGGACUUGAGGGCAGUCAGCAUCCCACUCAGCUGCUGAGUAGCCUGUAAUAGCUCAGCCCCAAAUCGAGAAAGAAGCAGCCAGCCAUUAUAAUCUUAUCCUGUACCCCCAUUUGAAGAUAAGGGGAAAAAAAUACACCCUUUUUCCUGGGACCAAAUGAAAGCAGGAGCCCUUAGUCUGGAGGUUGUUAUGUAUUUUGUCUAUUAUUCCAGUUAAUAUCCUCUCCACAUUUCUCUGCAGGCCGCUGAGAGUUAUUAAUUUCAUGUAGCACUGUCCAUUUAUCCAGUGUAAUUCAACUGAGUUUCCUGUGGCUAAUCACAGAGUAGAAUCUGGAAAAUUGCUCUUUUUAAGGGUGAUUUCCAUUUGAGAUAAAUAGACUAAAGAUCAGAAUACCAGAUCAAAAUGCCUCUGUGCUUUUGGAACAUUCGGAGCUGUGGAGAWUUGGAUUUCAUCUGGUUAAUGUGCAGAAAGGAAAAGGGCAGUGAGGUCCCCAAUGAUAAUGUCAGACAUGAGGGUUCUGACAGGCGGAGCUGAGCAGUUCAUUAACUGCUGCUGYGUCCUCUGAGCCCCGCUGGCUUCCUGGACACUCAGCCAGAGCUGAGUGUGAAUGAGCUAAACCAGGUAGAGCACAUCCCUCCUCAACUCACAGCCUUCUUAUCCUCAAGGAAACAAGGACAUUUGUUUUGUUCACAGAGGAAAAGCCAGAGAUGAAUAUUCUGUUAGGUCUAUUGUUACUGGGUCAUUGUUUUGUCACCGUAAGGUCAAAAUAGGGCUGGUUUAAUGAGCAGGUAGCCCUUUGCCCCUGGUCUGGGAACAUCCUAAAGCAGUCGAGGCAUCCUGAGCCUGAAAGUCUCCUACUGUCCUUAAUCUGACAUUACUUUUGUGUUUCCUCAUGCAGCCCAUCUUUGCCUUUUACCUUGUCUGUCCCACUUAAAACGGGGAAAAUGAAGUCACCUCUGUGCUCUUCUCUGGUCAUGUGGGGAACUCCUAAUAGCUGUGACUGAGCUAUGUCCCAUUUUAGUUUGUGGUCCUUCAGGCACAAAGAAGAAGGAAAUUGUCCAUUUAUCUACAUAAGUAAUUAUUUGCCUUUGCAGAACAAAAUGCAUGAAAAUUUUAUCUUAUUCUGGCCUGUCCCAGAGCAUUUACACCUAAACAACAUGACCAGAUCUGCUUUUGCAGUAACCUGUUUUGGAAAUUACAGCAACACAAUCAGGAACUGGAAAAGAAAACCUGAUAAUGCAAAUGUGUAACAAUCAUCUCAAGGACAUGUCUCUGAAGGCAGUGUUUUCCUGAGUGACAUAGGCAGAUUUGAACUGUUGGUAGCAAGGCAAGUGCCCUUUGCCUGAGCGCCAAUAGCAUCUUUCUCUUUGGGAAGUCUUGGGAGCAUUGUGUCACCCCUUCUGUCUUUCCUGCACAGGCUACUGAUGGAGCUAUUUUUCAGUUGUAGAAAAUGCUCGGAAAGCUUCCUGUGUUGGUAGACUACAGGAAGACUAGUAGACUAUAAGAUUUACCUCCAAAAGCCCUGCCUAGUCUUCCUGCAAAAGCCACCCAGGUUUCUUGAGCAUGGAAUGCUAACAAGUCAAGUAUGAUCUGUACAGUAGCAUUGCCUCAAUUUAUUCUUCAGCUUUUUGCCAGUAGGUCUCAAAGGAGAUCUUAACUAUCCAGACUUUAAAGAUGAUGAGAACAGAAACAGGCUAAAGAAUCACAGAAUGUCUCCAAAGUCACUGCCCGAUCCUUUAGUCUGUAUUAUUCUUCAUUCCUCCCCAAAGUACCCUGAUGUGAACUCACAUCCAUCUUUUUGAACUCAUUGUCACCAUUACUGUUGUCUCUAUGCCUUCAUUUUAUUUCUCACCUUGUCUUCUCUGUCAUUUCAUUUCCUGGUAUCCUUUCACUCCUGCAUGUGAGCAUUGGAAGCCAGCAGUGUCCUUCAGCCCAUUUUCAUCAGCUCCUUGACUGACCUCAGAGAGUAAGAUCAGUGAUCAGUAAGGACAUUCCAGAGUGAGGGCAUAGAACAGUGACACGAGGUCUCUUCUUGAGAGAAAAUCUUAAUCAUUAUCUGCCUUAGCAAACCACAGAGUGCUUCCCAGAAGCAGAAGAGCAAGAUGUGUCCAUGAGGCUUGGUGACUAUUGGCAGUAUCCAUACAAUGCAAAGUUACCUUUCAGAAAUUCAGAUUCUGUAAAUACACUGCACUGUUCUGCAGCCAGCAUUUACUGAGCUUCUCCCAACCCUAAGUAGUUUGAUUUGUUUUUAAGCAGAUCAGAGUCAGUGGUAAUGCUCUUGGGGUAAGGUGAGGGAAGUGGGAGUGGACCCUAAGGAGAAUAAUAAAGCUCAUGUGGUGUAUUGUAGGGUCAGGGUUGUUAAAGAGCAGCCCUGUUCAGUAUAGAAAAAGAGCCACAAUGUGCUAAUCCAUUUCAAAUCUAGCCACACCUGCAGUUCGUGGAUGCACAGCCCAGCUGUUGUUGCCAGACUGGGCAAUUCUGGAUCUCAUUGUGACCAAAAGAAAGUGCAUUUUUUUGCCAGAACCAAGGGAAGUAUGCAGCCUUGUGUUCUGGGAGCUUCUGAGCUGCAGCCAUUACAGUGAUAACACAUUUCCUGAGGAGUUCACUCCCACAAAUGAACAAAUAAGGUUGAACUGUUUCAGGUCUAGACCUAAAAGUCCUUUCAGCUGCUGCCUUCCUAAGGAUGACUGAAGUUCCUGAKCCUGCACGCUGCUCUAUCCAGAGGGACCUUUGCCUCCACCUGGAGUCAAUUGGAUUAAUAACACUUCUUCUCUACUUCUGACAUCUGCUUCGGUGGAUCAGUUUGCAGGACUAGCUGCGGGUUGCUGGGGUUUUAUUUUAAAUGUAGAGAUCUGUAAUUUCCUAAUCAAAAGCAAGAAAGAAAGCAGAAUGCUGUAUUUUUUUAAAUGAGAAGGUAAUAAAAAUGAGUCUGAAUAUUUUGAUAGAUAUGCUGGAASGGUAUAUAAUGUAGCAAACCAGUGCACUAUUUUUUCCUACAGUAUGAGUACCUAUACUGAGAAAUAUUUGUUCUUUCUCUAAAUCCUCUUCCAGUUCAGAAGUUGGGAAGUUUAGAAGGAGUAGAGUACAGUCUCAGUGAAAUGGGAAGCUUAUGUAMAUAAAUCUGGUAGUUAGCUUUGUGAGAUAGCCUAUUAUGUAUGUUUUUCAGUUAUCUCAAAUACUGCCUAAUUAUUUGGGGUGUUUCCCCCAAAUAUAAGCUAAAUAGUGACUUUUGAAAGCAACUGUGCUUCGUACAAAAUCACAGCCAUGGAAAUUACAUUCUUCAGUUUGUGUAAAGCAGCUUUACAGGAACCUUUUAUUAUGGCCUGUUGCUUUUUCUUAAAAAUCCAAGACAAUUUAAUUCUCUUGUGCUUUCUUUCUGCUACCCUGUUUUGUACAUUGUCAAGUUUGCAGGGAUUCUCUGUAUUGUUUUUGUAAUAUAUGGUUUGGUUUCUAGAAAAAACCUUUACUGUUGUAAUCAUUGUUCUGGGAUUGUGGAGCUCUAUCUGUAAAGAGAAAACUUUAAAAAUGCCCUCUGCUUUCUCCAYGUUUGUUGUAAUUAUCAAGUUUAAUUAAGAGAAAUGUAUUCUUUUUAAACUCCUGUUAUGUUCUUUUCCAGUUACUGACUGUGUUCACURUGUGUGUACUUAGUACUGGUUCACUCCUUUACUAUGGUGAAAAUGACAAGUUUUGUUAGUAUCAGAUGGAAAUCGUGGUUUUGGAUAAAGUUC